AUGACCCCCUCGCGCCUUCGCUCCUUGUCGCCCAUACCCAAGAAUCACGUCACCCGAUCCAUAUCCACGCCACAACUCGCCAAAACAGCCCAGUCGCAGUCGCAGUCCGAAAGCGAUGGCAUGAAUACCAUCCCCGACCCGCGCUCAGCCACCCCACAACCCCCUCUUUCACGCCACGACUCGACCGACUCCCACCCAGACCUGAGCCAAGAAGUCUCCACACUCAGCACCAAGCUCAUCAACGCCAUCAACCACUCAACCAUGCUCGACGACUCACUGCAGCAGACGAGACAUGAGCUAGAAUCCGCAAGAGAGAGGCUGGCGCAACUCGAAGCCCAGGUUAGGCAGCACGAGGAGAAGGUCUCAAAAGGUCUGCUAGUGGACAAGAUCGUUUACGACAAGAUGGAGAAGCAGUUGUCCAGCGAACUGCACGAGGAGCGCAAACGAAGAGCCCAAGCAGAGUCGGCGAAACGCAAGACUGACAGCGAGGUCGAGGCCCUGACGGCUGCGCUCUUCGAAGAGGCUAAUGUCAUGGUCGCAGCUGCACGCAAAGAAACUGAGGCUUCUGAGAAACGCGGCGAGCAACUUAGGCAACAGCUGGGCGAUGCCGAAGUGCUCCAACACUCUCUCCAAGACCAAUUACAUGAUCUCAAAGGUGUUGUGGAGAAGAUGAGCUCCCAUGGCGAUGAUAACGAAAGCCACAUUCUUACAACAAACACCGCUCCUUCAACCCCCGGCAUCACCCCAGCGGACAAGAUGAGCAAACUGUUCGAGGCUAUGAACCUAACACCCAGUACGCCGGGAACCGACGAGAUCAGCCCUGAUCACCCGCUCCACUUUUCGCAUCUAAUCCACCCUGUGCUACGAUCUGACCUUGCCGCUUUCAAGGAAUUUCAAGACAUGCUCAAGAUCAGCGCGCGUUCCUCGGCCCCAGCCAGUCGUGCUUCGAGCGGCAACUACAGCAGUCUGAACGUACUCGGACUUGGCUCACUGACCAAUAGCUCCACCACGUCUCUACCGUCCAAGUCGCCUACCUCAGCCACCAACUCGCCUCGCGAAUCUGUAGCCACUACUGGUAUGCCUAACUUGAAGGAUGAAAAGUUCUACAAACGCGCUCUAGUCGAGGACAUAGAACCAACAUUGCGCCUGGAUAUCGCUCCCGGACUCUCAUGGAUGGCACGCCGUACAGUGCUCAACAGCAUCACUUCUGGUUCCCUGGUUGUAGAGCCAAAUCCUGCUCCGUCAUCCAAGUUCCGAGUUCCCAUCUUUCCAUGCUCGUUAUGUGGAGAAGCAAGAAAUGGCGACCAGUACGCCCGAAAGUUCCGAUUCAAGCCCUCCGACACGGAAGAUUCGCAGCGCUACCCGCUUUGUGAUUGGUGUUUGGGUCGUGUCAGGGCAACAUGUGAUUACAUUGGUUUUCUGCGCAUGGUAGCUGCAGGGCAUUGGCGAGCCGAGACAGAAGAAGAGAAGAAAUCCACCUGGGAAGAGAGUGUGCGACUUCGUGAGCGCAUGUUUUGGACGAGAGUUGGUGGAGGUGUGGUUCCAUCUUUUGUUCCCCUGCGAGACAGCCCACGGAGUCCUACAUUUACAAACGACGAUAUCAAGCGCGAAGAGAGGAUGAGUGAGGAGAGCGUCAUCUCAUUUGAGCCCAGAGAUAUUACAGCGAGUGGCUCAGCCGCAUCGACAAUGGCAAACGAGUCGAGGAAGAGCGAGGAAGACCCUUUUCGGAGCAAGAGCGAGGACAAAGCUAAGAGGAUUUCUAUUGGCAAGACCAUCAUCUCGAGCGACGAUGUCCCGGAACCCGGAUCUACUCCACUCGCCCAUCCAGAAGCUGAAGCAGCGCUAGCCAAGGGCAACGGUCAAGGGGAUGAGCCUGCCGCUGCUGCUCCCGCCACCUCGUCGAUACCUUCGUUGACCAUCGAGGAGGAGAAGAAAAUUGAACAAGAUGCUGAAGCUCAACUCCAAGACGAAGUGAAGAAAUCGCUAGAAAAACCAGCGUUGCAACGUCUACGCUCAUCUUCGAACCCGGCACCCGCUGUGCAGAGCAGGAAGAAGGAUGAGAGCGGUAAUAGACUUAGUCUGAGGAUUCCUGCUUCUACGGGCACGAGUAUGAAUAUGCCUGGGGCUUUUGAUUGA